CCAUUUAUCUCUUUUGCUGUGUCGCGUAACGGAGAAGCUGUGCCAUUUUGCUUGUGUGAAAAGUGUAUCUACUGUAAUUGCAUUCGACUUGAGUAAAUUUUCCUCAUAUAUUUAACAUGUCUGAAAAUAAGAGUGAACCCGAGCAAUUUCGUAAACUUUUCAUUGGUGGUUUGAACUAUAAAUCAACUGAAGAGUCAUUAAAAUCUCACUUUGAACAAUGGGGUGAGAUUGUGGAUUGCGUUGUGAUGCGAGAUCCUCAUACAAGAAAGUCAAGAGGGUUCGGUUUCAUUACAUAUAAGCGAGCUCAUAUGGUUGACGAUGCUCAAGCAGCCAGACCGCAUAAAAUUGAUGGACGAGAAGUGGAGCCGAAGCGUGCUGUACCACGUGAAGAUUCUGGUAAGCCUGAAGCCCAGGUAACUGUGAACAAGUUGUACGUUAGUGGAAUUAAAGAUGAUAUAGGUGAAGAUGAUCUCCGAGAAUAUUUUGGCCCGUACGGAAAUAUUGUGAGUGUAAAUGUUGUGACAGAUAAAGCUACAGGAAAGAAAAGAGGUUUCGCGUUUGUUGAAUUUGAUGACUACGAUCCCGUUGACAAAAUUGUUCUUCAGCGCCACAACUACAAAGGUAGAAGAUUAGAAGUUAAAAAGGCAUUAUCUCGUGAAGAAAUGGGUAACUUAAAAAUGAAGAAGGAAUUGGGUGGAUUUGGUGGAAGAGGCAGAGGUGGUGGAAAUCAAGGAAGAGGCGAAUGGCGUACUGCCGAUGAAUUUGACCGUGGUGGCUAUGGUGGUGGAUACGGAGGAGGCUACGGAGAUGGUUAUGGCAGUGGAUAUGGAAGUGGCGGUGGCGGCGGUGCAUGGAAUGAUGGUGCAGGAUAUGGUAAUAAUUAUUCUAGUGGUGGAGGCUGGGGUGGCGAUUUUGGGUCCAGUUAUGGUGGUGGACCCAUGAGAGGCAGUGGUGGAUAUACCCAACGCAGUCAAGGACCAUAUGGAGGUGGUGGACGAGGCUCUGGAGGUUAUGGACGACGAUAAACAUGAACAUAUUCACAAAAGAACUUUUCAUACUAUCAUGUCUGUCUUCACUUAACAUUUUUGUGUACCGACUUUUUUACCUGACACUAUCGUUUUAGCUCGAGUAUACAUUAAUAUCCAAAUAAUUAUCAUUGUACCUUUUUUUUAAGUAAUCAGUGAUGCUGAAUUGCAUGGUGAAAUAAAUUUUUAAGAACAAAUUUGUUCAUAUGUUCUUGUUGACAACAUAUUUUGAAGAUGUUUGAUUAGUAAUAGCCUUGCAUAAUCAAGAAUUUUUCUCUAAAAUUAAUUAAAUAAUCGGUUUGCAUUUAGCAAGUGUAUUAUAUGUAAUUUAGUAGCAGUCCUCUUCUAAAUUUCACUAACAUGUGUUAAGUCUCUUUUAAAUAUUCUGUUACAUUGGAUGGUUUAAUAUUCAGUCUCAUUAGAAACUUUUUAAUUAGAUAUUUUCUACUGCAUUUAAUGUUCAUAUUGAGCAUAUUAGUUGCAAAACCAAAUUUUAAAGUAGUUUGUAUUUAUUGUAAAAUAUGUAAGUGUAUUGGUAUGAAUGUAACGCAAAAUGCAGCUUUUGAGGUUCCGAUAUACUCUGUACAUGAAAGUCAGUUUUAGGUUAAGUAUCGUAGCUUUGGACAAAGUUGAAUGUAAGUAGGUUUUAUUCUUAUCUGUAAAUUUCAGCAUUCGUAUAAAUUUUGAAAAAUCAAAUGUUACAUUUUCUUUCUGAAGUAAAUGGGUAAUGCAAGAUUAAAGUUGGUGAUAUUUGUUAUCUGAAAUGUUCUGUUGUCAGGAGUUACAUUUUGAAUUCAGCUUUUAUUUUUGCUCAUCUAUGCAGGUUAACAUUGUACGUAAUUGAUGUUUAUCAUGUAGUGUAUCAAGUAGAAUGCAUUUCAUUAAGUUUUUGUGUAAUGUUUAGUGCAAUUUGAAAGCUGUGCACUGCAAAUAUUUUAAUUUUUCAAAAGAAAAAAAUGCUAGUGAAUAUUAUUUGUUUUAUAACCACAUAAAUAUUUCAUCACCUAAACGAAACUACUAUUUAUUGUGUAAUGACAACUGUUAAUGAAACAGUUUUUAAAUAAAUUACCCAAAAUUCAUAUAUUA